AUGGAUUAUGAAUAUCAAGAAGCAGCGAAUAGGCAGAGAGCCUUGCAGGGCGUCGCCGUCCUGGAGAGGACGUCGCAGUCUCUGGCGAGAUCAGAGCAGACCGCAAUCGAGACUGAGAGGAUCGGCACUGAGGUUCUCUCUGAACUUGAGAGCCAAAGAGAGUCCCUGCUGAGGACCAGGCAGCGACUAGAGGACGCAGACGAAGAGCUGAGCCAGGCACGGAGGGUUCUCAACAAAAUGUAUCGAGAUGUUAUUACAAACAAAAUUCUCUUGUGUUUGAUUAUUAUCUUCGAGCUGGCCAUACUUGGAGGAUCUAUUUACCACAAAUUCCUGUCAUAA